GCCUUUGCGAGAAAUCUUUGACGUCGGACCCUAGCAAGGUGUCCCUGAAGGCAUCCUAAUCCAAGCCCUGCCGCUGAGAAGCCAUUUUGGUCCCACCUCAACCCGACAGACCAGCCCGGGUCGUCGGAGAUGGAACAAACCCGCCUCCACUGCGAGUAUUACGGCCACGGAAACCUCGAGAACCCCUCGGAGAGCCGCCAGCUGGUGCCCGUCGACGCCAUGGCUUCUUUUUAAACACUUGGUGGCCACAUCUGACGGCGACUGGUGGGAUUAAGGACACAUAUUAAGGAUGUCAACAAAAACUCCUUUGCCGACGGUCAACGAGAAGGUGACGGAAAGUCACACGUCUCACAGUAAUGGACGCCAGGAGGUCAGCGUCCGCUCUGCCCGGCCCGGCGUUCGAUCCCGCAGCGCCGAGGAGCCUCAGCAGCCUCACGUGGGCAACUACCGGCUGCUCAAGACCAUCGGCAAGGGCAACUUCGCCAAGGUCAAGCUCGCCCGCCACAUCCUCACGGGGAGGGAGGUGGCAAUUAAGAUCAUAGACAAGACUCAGCUGAACCCCAACAGCCUUCAGAAGCUCUUCAGAGAAGUUAGAAUAAUGAAGAUUUUGAAUCAUCCAAAUAUCGUCAAGCUGUUUGAGGUGAUAGAGACGGAGAGGACGCUCUACCUGGUGAUGGAGUACGCCAGCGGAGGAGAAGUGUUUGACUACCUGGUUGCACAUGGACGGAUGAAGGAGAAGGAGGCGCGGGCUAAGUUCAGACAGAUAGUGUCUGCGGUGCAGUACUGCCACCAGAAGCACAUCGUUCACAGAGACCUGAAGGCGGAGAACCUGCUCCUGGACGCCGACAUGAACAUCAAGAUCGCCGACUUCGGCUUCAGCAACGAGUUCAUGAUGGGCAACAAGCUGGACACGUUCUGCGGCUCGCCGCCAUACGCGGCGCCCGAGCUGUUCCAGGGGAAGAAGUACGACGGGCCGGAGGUGGACGUGUGGAGCCUGGGCGUCAUCCUCUACACGCUGGUCAGCGGCUCUCUGCCCUUCGAUGGCCAGAACCUCAAGGAGCUGCGUGAGCGCGUCCUGCGGGGGAAGUACCGCAUCCCCUUCUACAUGUCCACGGACUGCGAGAACCUCCUGAAGCGCUUCCUGGUGCUCAACCCGUCCAAGAGGGGAACUCUGGAGGUGAAGCAGGACACGGACAACCAGAUCAUGAAGGACCGAUGGAUCAACGCAGGCUUUGAGGAAGACGAGCUGAAGCCGUACACGGAGCCCGAGCUGGACAUCACGGACCAGAAGAAAAUCGAUGUGAUGGUGGGGAUGGGGUACAACCUGGAGGAGAUCCAGGAGUCUCUGGCCAAGAUGAAGUACGACGAGUUCACCGCCACCUACCUGCUGCUGGCCCGGAAGGCCUCCGAGGUGUCUCCCAGUGACUCCUCCUCCAGCCUCUCCGUGGCGAGGCCUCGGCCCAGCAGUGAGGUCAGCGGCCAGUCGCCCCUGAAGGUCCAGAGGAGCUCCUCCUCCCACAAGCAGCGGCGCUACAGCGAGCAGAUUGGUCCCAACGCCCCCCCUGGGGUGUCUCAUCCAAAGAGGAGUCAGACCACCACCACAGAGAGCAGCUCUAAGGAGGAGGGAGGAGUCCAGCUGCGUAAGCCUGCCCCCCCGGGGAGCCGCGUGGCUCCGCCCCCCAGCCCCCUGCUGGGCAACGCCAACAACCCCAACAAGGCCGACAUCCCCGACCGCAGGAAAGGAGCCACGACCACCGGGCCGAGCAGUGACCCGGCAUCGGCGGGGAUGACCCGGAGGAACACAUACGUGUGCAGCGACAGAAACAACACGGACCGCCUGUCAAUCAUCCCCAACGGGAAGGAGAACAGCACCGUGGAGGUGUCGCCCGGCGUCCAGAGGAACCCGGUGGCGUCCAUCACCAGCGUGGCCAACGCCACGACACCGGACCGCCUCCGCUUCCCGCGCGGCACGGCGAGCCGCAGCACGUUCCACGGCGGCCAGCUGAGGGACCGCCGCACGGCGACCUACAACGGGCCGCCGGCUUCGCCCACGCUGUCGCACGACGCCACGCCGCUGUCACAGACACGCAGCCGGGGAACCAGCAACCUCUUCUCCAAGCUCACCUCCAAGCUCACGCGCAGAGUCUCAACCGAGUUUGAGAGAAACGGGAGACUUGAGGGCUCAAGUCGCCAUGUACCUGGGGAUCCGAAGGGGGAAGGUAAAGACGGGAAGCCCCGCUCCCUCCGUUUCACCUGGAGUAUGAGGACCACCAGCUCCAUGGAGGCCAGCGACAUCAUGCGGGAGAUCCGCAAGGUGCUGGACGCCAACAGCUGCGACUUCGAGCAGCAGGAGAGCUUCCUGCUGCUGUGCGUCCACGGGGAUGGGGGGGCCGAGAACCUGAUCCAGUGGGAGAUGGAGGUCUGCAAGCUGCCCCGCCUCUCGCUCAACGGCGUGCGCUUCAAGCGGAUCUCCGGCUCAUCCAUCGCUUUCAAAAACAUUGCUUCCAAAGUGGCCAACGAGUUAAAGCUAUGAGUGAAAGAGGGUUUAAAAGUCUACACACAUAUAUAUAUACCUAUAUAUAUAUAGAUAUAUAUAUAGAAGUAUUUAAGCUGUACAAUCAUCAAGUAGCAGUUUCCAAACAUCUCCUUUUUUAAAAACAUAACUACAGAGUAUGUAUUGAAUAUUAUAAUGUAUAGAUUAAGGCUUUUGGCAAUAAUCAGUGAAUUACCUACUAAUAUCUGUUCAGACGUUAACGAGUUGAAUAUGAUUUGUCAUGCUGUGAAUGUGGACAAAAGAAAAUUCUAGUCUUAUUUAUUUUAUCUUUUUUCUUUUUCUUUUUCCUCCUGGAGGAGAAAAGAAAAGAGAUUUUUUUUUUUUUUUUAAAUGACGUAGCGUUUUUGUUUUCCAGUGUAAAUAAUGCUUCUUUACGUUGAACACGGCUUCACUGCAAUACGUUUGUUUUGUAUCGUUUAAAAAGUCUCACGUGGUUGAAGGGUCGUUUCAUUAAAGUGUCACUGCAA